GUUCUGGGAGCUGCUUCCCAGCCUCUUUGUUGAGCCAGUGCUCUGCUUCUUCCCAAAUUCCACACUUCUUCACGCUACAUAGAUUAUCAAUGUGCUGAGAUGCUCCCCUGCUCAUUCCUCAUCACUGCGGGGAUCUUGGCAGUGGCUCAUAUGCCCUUUUUAUGUGUGUGAUCUGUACAAAAGGUCAAAGUUAUAUUUUUAAAUCUCUUGAUCGUAUAGUGUCUUGCGGUUUUAUGAACAUGUGGAUGCAUUUUCUGCUCCUCCAGGACUUUGACAGCAGGUGGUGACCUGAAAGCUGGUUUCUAUUACACUGGUUUUCUAUUACACAGUCCAAGUUCAAGUUUUUAACCUCUUUUCUAGUCAGAAUAAAAGCAGCAGCUUGAGCGAUUGUUAACAUUUACAACUUAAUUGCUUGCCAAUAUAAGUGUAGGAUUUACAUUGGUAGCUAACUUUUUUAUUGGCGCAGAUCUCAUUUAUCUUGGUGCUGUUCAUCUUCACCAUUUUACAUUGGCUGUGAAGACAUUCCACAACCUCCUGUGGUUAUUUUGUUCAAGAAUUUGAUCUGGCAUCCCGGGGAGCAGAGCCAUGUUUAUGUUCCCAGUAAGGUUGAGGGGGACCGUACAGCCCUACACUUACAAGUUGUGAAUCACAUAUAUCUCUUGCGUCUCCUGUUUGUAUAUACUUGUGUGGCUUUCAGAUGCAGUCUUAGGUUUUAUUCAGUUAAAUGCAGACUGAUGGAUGAUAUCCGCCUGCAGCAGCUGGCCAUGUAUCCAGUUUUGUUUUGUAUUAUUUAAUCAAUUACGUUUACAUUUUUUUCCUCAGGGAUUUGAGGAAUAACACUUUUUUUGCUAUCAAAACAAAGAGGUUGCCUGGCCUUGCUGUGCUUUGCCUGUUCUGUCUGUGUGUGUGUUCGUAUCUGAGCACCUGUUGACAAUUUAAGGCAGCCAGCAUAGCCGUGUCCAGCUCUUCUUCGUCUGGCACUGUGUCUUUGCUGUGUCUCUCUCAGAUAAAUCAGCUCCCGUGUAAAAUUACAUGGCCGACAUCCUGCUGUCUCCUUAUUUGACGAUUUUCCAGACAAGCCAAGAAGUGAGAAAACACUACACUUUUGGCAGAGAUUUUAUUAUUUUAACUUUUUUUUUUUUUCAAAAAACACUUCCAAGUGUGUCACUUGCAGCGUGUGCCACAAACGGCCCAACAGCACAUUCAGAAAUAAGUAAAAGCCAAGCCACCUCAUUAGACUUGGUAAAUUGGGGUCAUUUAGAUUCUUUGGGCAAGUGCUGGAUUUAUUAUAGACGGAGCUGUGAGCUGCAGAGGAAAACUGUUCCAGGAAUGAAGAGGAACACAUUUAUUUUGCAGAAGUAGCAAAGAGUUCCCAAAACAGGUGAUAAUACACACCAACGUGCCGAAGAAGAUAUCCUUCAUAGGACAUAAGCUUUGACAACUACAAGACUCAGCCUCUUUUAAUUAAAAUAAAAUCUACAUCCUAAAAUUGUAAAUAGUUUGUAAAUUCCUGUUUUUCUUCCAUGUCAUGUAUUUCACUUCACUUUAAAAGUAUUUUUUUUUUUGACAAUUCUUAUACACACCCACGUCACCUUUAUAAAUAAAUGUGUUAAUAUAAUAUCACGCAGAAACAGUAUUAGCACUUUCUGUGUGCUGGCUUGGCAGGAGAUAGUGAUGACGUGAUAAUGGAUCAGGAGGAGGGUCAAAGAAUAAGGGUGAUGAGGGAGUGGAGGGUGUGUGGGAGAAACAGACACAAGCUCCUGCCGCUUACCCAAACUUUACAUUGGUCUCGUGUUACGACUAUCAUGCAAUGGUUUAUCUUCUGUCUGCGUUCUUCGUGGCACUCUGCCAACUCCAGUGAUCUCAUUGAAUGCACAUAGGAUUUCUUCCACCAAGAAAACAUCUGUUCAGUCGACUGCUGAGUUGCGAGAAGCCGUGCAUUUAAUUCAUUUGAAUUGGGCUAUUUGGAUACAAUCAGACUUUUUUUAGGGCGGUUUUGACACAUGAUGGGAUUUGCAAGGGGUUCUUGCUGACUGGAUCUGGGACGUACCGCAGGUGAAGAAAAAUGUGGGUACCGUUAUUUAUUUGGAUUCUGCACGUCAUGAGUUUUACAAAAGGCCUGGACGGUGCGAAGAAUCUGCAACACAGCCUUAGCUCCUCAGUGAGCAGACUCUGCCCAGCGGGGUGUGAGACAUGCUCUGCCCUCAAUGGCUGUCUGUCGUGUAAACCUCGCCUCUUCUUCCACCUGGAGCUGGAUGGGAUGAGGCAGAGGGGCGCCUGCCUGUCAUCCUGUCCUCGGGGCCACUACGGCACGCGCUCGCCACACAUCAACACUUGCACCAGGUGCAAAGACGACUGCGCUUUAUGCUUCAGUGAAAACUUCUGCACUCGUUGUUAUCCUGGCCACUUCCUGUAUCGAGGCAAAUGUGAAAGCAGCUGUCCAAAUGGGCUGACUCCAAACCCAGCACUAGGAGAAUGCACAGACUGUCCUGUAGGCUGUGAGGUCUGUGUGAGGAGUAAUGUGUGUGUGAGGUGUAGAGCAGAUCUGUACUUUCUUCACGGUCAGUGCUUCUUUUCCUGCCCAAGUGGAUUUGAAGCUGAUGUACAGCUCAUGCAAUGCAACCCCCAGGGUAAGACACAUUCCCCAUUCGUAGUGUUCACCCGAACAUCAAACACCUGGCAUAUUGGUUACAGGAAUUAAUUUGCAUUCACCUAGUGAAAUAUUUUCUCUCGUGUCACUAAUGCAUGUCUCCCAGUGCACUGUGAGGUUGGGGAAUGGACCGAUUGGAGUCCAUGUAUGUGGAAAAGGACUCUGCGGGCUUACAGGAGGGGAGACGAGACACGUACCCGUCAGAUUAUGCACCCUCCAAAUGUCAGCAGUGACCUCUGCCCACAUAUG